UAUUAUUGCAGUAGUAUUAUUUAACAAUAACAAUAACAGUAAAUAAUGUAAAUAAUAAAACUUCGAUAUUAUAAUUAUUAUUUCAUUAGAUUUUUUUAGCAAAUACCAUUAUGGUUACUAAAUCAGUAUCGUUUAUUGCUAAAAUCAGACAUCUACAAGAUUAUCAACUACGAUUGAGCUAUAACAUGAUGCCUUGUCCGUCUGGACUAGAUAUUGCCAAUUGUUUAAAAUAUUUUUCUCAAGUUCUUUUGACAAUAUUAAAAGAAGUUUCUAAGUCUCCACAUGAAAUGAUAUUACAUCCGGAAAUGGAUGCUACUCGAUUAGCACUUUAUCCAACUCUGGAUUAUACUGGCUUAUAUACUGCUCUUGAAUCAUUACUUCAUUCAGCAUCUUCUAUUAAUACGGGAUUACAAGCAUUUGGAGAAGCUUUUAAUCAAUGCGUUGCUUGUUUGGUUCCUUUUCUUGGUGGUGAUACUCUGGAAAACUUACCAUACAUGAUAGCGACUGCUUUCCAAGUACUUCCUUCGUCAGUGCAUCAUGACUUGAUCAACACACUAUGUUAUUUUGUGAUACCGUUUACUAUACCUAGAAAUAAUUGCAUGAAUAAUGCGGCAUUAUCUGUUGCUGGGAUUUUAUUACUAGUUUUUCAAAAUACUUUUGAUACUGCAUUGCAUUUACAACUAGUAGAACGUUUGAUGACAUUUAAAAAGAAUAUAAAGAAAGAUUUACUGGUUGUAAUUGCAUAUGGAACUUCAGUGGCACGAUAUCAUGCUGCAAGGUUGUUAUUCAAUUACUGGCCUUUAUACAAUGCCAAUAAAUUCGACCGUAAUAAACCUAAAUCAAUUGGGAAUUGGUUGGCGCUCUUAUGUCAAAAAAAAAACUGCCCAAAAGUGGGUUAUGGACCAGCCGAGCGAGUAUGUUUUGAUCAUGAACUAUCUAUGAAACAUGCUGAAAAUUGUCCUCCACCAUUUUACUUGUGCACUGAUUGCGCAGAAGAUUUGCAUAAUAAAAAGCCAACUUAUCAAUUCCAUAUUGUUUUACAACCAUUGCUUUUAGCCACGUGGAAAUGUGAAUAUAAAGACUGUAAAUCUCAAAACACUAUGAUUAGCGUGACUUGUUUUUCACCUGAAUGUGCCUCCAUGAAUAAAAAUCGACCUAUUAGAUUAUGUUCAGAUUGUAACAAACGUAUUCAUUCAGAAAAUAUUGAUCAUAUUGUUCAUUGGACUUUAAAAUCAGCCGGGGAAUUAGAUAAUGAUAUGCAAACUUAUUUGGUAGAGUCGAUUGUCAGCUUAUUAAAAGAAGUUCGUGCACCUAUUUCGGAGGGUACUAAAGAAAGUCAGACUAAAGCAGCUGUGUUUGGAGCUAAAGUUAAAGGUACAAUGUCAUCAAGCAAGACAGAUAAAGAAGACGAACAACCAGAAGUUACAAUAAAUGAUAGACAACUUAUGGGUAGAACAGGUGUUUGGCUAUUAGUUGCUUUAUAUCGAAUUGAAGAUCAAGAACCUCCUCGUUCCAGUAUAAUGGGCCGAUUGUUAUCCAUACUAUUUCAUUGGUUUCAUGUUACUGCUUAUUCUUACGAUGAUCAACAAGAAUGUACCUUAGAAUACAUGAAAACUGAAUACAUCGGUGAAAGAUGGUUAAAAGGCGUAAGACAACAUUACUUCGAAGCUUUUGUUAAUUGUUUAUUACCAUGUCCACCAGAAUAUGCACAAGUUGGUGGUAAUUGGGAUAUGCUGGCAAGUCAAACUGCAUUAAUAAAAAAUGGUCUGAACCAACUGCUAUGCUUAGUACCAUAUGAUAUUGUGACUUCAGAAAUAUGGGAAUUAAUAAUGCCACAUUGGUUAGAAGCUAUUGUUCAAGACGUUCCACCAGAUGAAUUACCAGAAUUACGAAUGCUUUUAUGUAAAAUAUUGGAUUCAGAUAUGAGUCCUUUAGGAUUUGAUGCUACUAAGCUAUAUAAUUUCAUUGGUGUACGUUUUAAGGGUACUACUGCCAAAGUACAAGAACAAUCAUUGACUUGGAUUCAGGUAUUAACGAGCUUAGAAAUUACUAUACCAAUCCAUCUAUUAUUUAAUUUUUUUAAAGACGGAUUGGAAAGUAUGAAAAAAAUCUAUAAUAACGAAAACAUAAAGGAAUCCGACUUUAUGAGGAGUAAUUUAAAUCCUGUUAUAAUUAAACGAACAGAAAGUGUUACUGAUGAUGAAGAUAAACAAUAUUAUAACACUCGGCUAGAUUUAUUAGAAAAUGAUGUAAAACUCAGCUGCUGUGUGUUAAUGCUGGAUAUUACAUCAAAACAAAUGGAAUUACAUGGAAUUGAAAGGCAUACUGGGUUUGCAAGUGCAACAAAUCAUGAAGUAUGUAAAUUAAUUACUAAUACUUUGGUUACUGGAUGGUUUACCGAAUCACAUCGCGAUUGCGAAAACAAAAUGGAAUGCGUAUCAUGUGAAUUAAUUGUAUUGUGGCAUCAAUUAGCAAGUUCAUUAGUGGAAUAUAUUUCUCUGCCAUAUUUAGCACAUCCUCCUGAUGAUCCGAUUACAGAAGAAUGCUUUUCUGAAGACACGAAAAAAACUCCCACUGAAGUUGAUAAAAAAGAAUCAAAAUGUGAAGGAACAAAUUUAUCUUUUAUGUUAACACCAGAUACCAUUGGUGGUCUCUUAGUAAACAUGCCUCAACUAAUGACCGCUACAGUGGAAACGGUUGUAGAACAAUUGGAUUUAACUCCAGUCAUGCCAGCUAUUGCUAGGGCUAUUACAUUAACAGAAUCCGAUGUUGGGUUAGCCACAGCAAGAGUUGCACAAGCUAAAUUAAUGAAUGAAUAUGAUGAACCAAUUGAUGAGUCGAUCCAUAAUAUACAAGAUUUUUGGCAAACAGCUCAAGGAAGGUUUCGAAUUAAAAUUGAGGAACUUCCGGAUCAAUUGCAAUUAGUUUUCCAUAUUCUAAAAGAAUUUCCUAAAACUAAUGAUACUAGCUUUAAGUAUUAUUUGUUACAAUCAUUGUACCUUGUGGUUCUUCAUUGUGACACAUUAAACAAAGCUGUAAAAGAGCACAAAGGAUUUGUAAUUUGGUGUCAAGAAAAUUUAAUAAUUAAAAAUAUUUGGGAUUGCAUUGAAGGUAUUAAAUCUCAUCUAUGUGAAGUAGCUAUUCCUGUUAUGCUUCAUUGUAUUUCAUUACCAUGUGGAAGUGAUAUAUUUUGGAAAUUAAUUAGAGAUGAAUUUCAUAGUGCAGAUUGGCGUACUCGUUUUAAUGCUGUGGAAAAAGUAGUGCUGAUGUCUCGAUUUAUGGAUAAUACGCCUUUAAGAAAUAAUCCUACUCUUCAGUCAUGUAUAACAAAUGCGUUUUGUUACCUUUUAUCAAGUAUGGAUGAUCGUAGUACUUAUGUAGCUACUAGAGCAACUCUCUUAUUACCUACCAUUCACGAUUUAGCAUUAAAGAACUUAAUUCAUUGUAUGGAAAUGCAUUUCGAUACCGUCAUGAUAGAUAGACCGAUGAUCUUACAAUCUUUAUAUCAGUUACAUAAUACAUUGAAUGACAGAAAAAUUCUGUCAUGGGAGUUUUUCUUAGGUAGAUUUGAUGCUUUGUUUAUAGAAGCGCAAAUACAGCUAAAAAAAAGUGGUGAUAUUACUCAUGUUCGAGAUCUAAGGAACUCAGAUAUUACAAGUGAUUCAUUUAUCAAAAAAGUUCAAAGAGCUCACGAAUCUAUGGCACAUUCUUCCGAAUCAAAUUCUAUACGAACAUUAAGUGCGAGUUUUGGUCAAAAAUGGCCGUACAAAAGAACUAUGUCUGCGCCAGCUUCUACAUUACCAAAAAAUGAUCAAAAAUACAAUGGUGAUAAAGUUUACAAUAGACAAUUUUCUGCUCCAAUUUUAAAGCGAAAAACUUCACAGUUGAUUACUCCAAUUUUAUCAAUCCUUCCAGAUCAUUCUUAUGGAAUGGAUUCUCAUGAAGAUAACGCUGGAGAGCUUUUACAACGAAUUGUUGACUUAGAAGAAUCUGACAAAGAAACUAGCAGUCUUAUUGUGUUUUUACUUAUGCAAUAUAUGUCAAGACCAGAACAUGCAUAUCCAGAAGAAUCAAAACAUGGAAUAAGGGUCCAAGGUAUUGUGUUGCAACAUUUAUAUUUGUUAUUGGGUUAUAAUUAUAAUGAAAAAGGAUUCCUUCUACCUCCAGAUAAAUUAAGAAAUCUACCGGUUUUUAAUUCAUUUCUGUCAAAUUUACCUCAAAUGUUAGAUCAAAAUUUUACAAUGGGUCAAGUUAUUGCGCCCACUGCAUUAUUGUUACUUCAAUAUUGUCCUUCGCCCGAAACACAUUCUAUUAAUACAACAUAUUCCUUAUGGUUUUUAGAACCGAUGGCUAGAAAGUCAUGGCUCAUGUCUGUAAUGGUAUAUCUAUAUAAGUACAAUUUUGAUAAAGAACCAGUUAGUCUUCUUGUAGUGUCAUUAAUGGAAAUUGUUUUGAAUACACUAAAUGCACAACAACAUGUUUGCAAUAGAAUACCUCCAACAGUUGUAAUGUCGGAUACCACAAAAACUAAAGUUGAAAAAAAUAGUGAAUCUCUUGGUAUGGAAGCACAAAAAUUCUAUGAAUCUCAGCCAUCUACCUCGAGAAAAUAUCCAAUGAGUAUGGAAACACACUGGGAAGAAGAUAUUUCAUUUCCCAAAAAAACUCCACAUAAACAAGGAUCUACUGGCUCAACUGAACCAGAUGAAACAGAAUCAGACUUGGCUAUUGCCCCAGAAAAAUACAAAUCGGACAGUACAACUGGUCAUUACAGUUCACAUGGCUCAUUUGAUGAAUCAGCUGAUGAAGUUUAUAGUAGAAAAGGACCACUUCGAUCGUUUUGGUCAAAUGAAAAUAAUAUUGACGUGGAUAAAUGGGGUGUAAAAGAAGGAAUGAAAAUGUUAGCGACUUCAGCGAUUAUUAAUGUUGCCAAUCAACAAAACUUUUUAUCACAGCCAGUUUUAGCGACUACUUCCACUUCAUCACCAGAAAUAAAUACAACGCUAAAGAAAUCUGAAGAAAUAAUGGAUGAUCAUUUUCGACAAAAUUUGCAUACAUUUUACAAUCAAAAAGACAUGAGCCAAACAUCUACAUCAUCUUCAUCAGUAACAUCACACCCACCGAUAAUGUCAAACAUAAAAGAUAAAAUAUUAUUACAAAAGCCAGUACCAAAAUUGUAUAAUUGUCCCCAAUCACCUCUUUCAAAAAUGAAAGUACUUACUAACUCAACAUUUUCUAAUGAAUCUUCCGAAAUUCAAACAAAUUUGGGAUUUAAAUUAGAAGUUAAUUUAGAAAAAAAACCAUUGGAAAUUCCUGUGCAAGAACGUCUUUUACCAAUUGGAACAACAAUAAAUCUUGUACAAAAAAUUAAUAAGACUUUUGGUUUAGGAGACAUAGAAUCGGCAUCACAGUCAUCGUCUCUUAAUAGAGAAGAUAGUUCUGAAAAAGAACAGAAAAGUCCCCAUAGUCCACGGAAAUUAAUAAAACAAAGUGCUCUAGAUAGUCCGGAAGACAACAAAUCAGUAAUUUCUUCUGCGCGGCGUUCAAUGAAUUAUAGGAAUGAUUUCACAAGAAACUACAUUCAUCAUAGAAAUACCCAUAACCAAAAUUCAGAUCCUCCAAUUUACGAAGCUUUCUGUUUACAUAAAAAUGUAAGCAAUAGCACAAGUCGCAUUGGAAUUGAUUGUAUACAAGAAAGAUGCAGUGAUUGUGGAACGCGCAAAGAAGAAUAUAGUGAUGAUGAAAUUGGAUUAUGUAUUGUCUUAUUAGGAACUUUUGUACAUCGAGCUCCUUCAGUUGCUGCAUGCCUUUUACCCGAAAUACUAACAAUAUUAGCAAAAUUUCAUUCCAAACCUACUUUCAUAUGGCAAAAAGAUAGUCAAAAUUUUUUGCCAUGUGGUUCCACUAGUAUAGCAAAAAAAUUUUUAAGAUGCAUUCUUUAUCAACUUGCUCCAAAUGGAGUGUUUACACAAAUAUUUCAAAUGAAACAUAAUGAAAACAAUGAAAAUAAUUUCUUUAAGAGUAUUAUACAAGCUUUAAUGGAUUUUAAUGAAAUGAACCCUAUUGAACCAUUGCAAAUGGUUUUAGAAGUCUUAAAUUCUAAAAAAUCACUUUCAACAGAUAACUGCUGUAUUAUGUUGUCAAAUAUAACAUAUUAUAUUGAUAUAUUAACUAAUGACACUACUGGAACUACUUCAACUUUGAUUUGGACAACAAUUCUGAAUCAAUUUGACACAUUAUUCAGAAAAAUCCAAUUAACUAUAAAUAGUUUUGAAAAUGUAAAUUUAAUAUUUAAAUUGAUGAUUAUAGUAUUAAAAAUACCAGGAAUUAUUUCGACCAAGAGCAUUUUGGAUCCAUUUUCAAAAAUAUUAACUUAUGCACUCCAACAACAUUACAUUGAUUAUUACUUAUUGGUUGAUCUUUGUUCCUUGACAUAUAAAACAUUUGCAAGAGAAAGAGAGAAAACAUUAUUAACCAGAGCAGUAACAGUAGAAUUGAUACAAGCAUUAAAAUUUAAAACACAAAAUCUCAAUAACAACCUUUUAGUUUAUGUUGCCUUCAUACUUCAAGAUAUUGGUGGUAUAUUACCAGAAUGUUCUGUAAUUAGUAAUAUAGUACCAACAUUUCCAGCAAUUGUAAUUAGUGUUCCAACAGGUGCAUCGGAACUUUUACGAAACAAUUUACAAGAUAUUUUAGAUUUCUUAACAGACUCCAACACUUUGACUAAAAUAAAGAGUCGGUGUACAACACCAGAAGAAGGUAUUAAUGAAGAUACAUUUGGUAGUACUGUGAAAGCUGGCAUGUCUCAAUAUUUGUCAUUAGAACUAUUAAAAAGUAAUACUCGAGAUGCAAGAUCAUUACAUAAGAUAUUCCCUUGGUUAUAUUAUGGACCAAAUGAAAUACAAACUAUUGGAUUAUUUAUAUACAAUUGCAAGGACUUUUCGGAUUGUCUCAGUCAUAUACGUUUACUAUCCUGGAUUCUAAUUGGAUCACUGUCAUAUACAACAACACAAAACAGACCAUGUUUACCGUUAUCCCAAGAUGUUUCAUGCCAAAUAGCUGAUCAUAUUAAUAUAAUCAUGACAGGAUUUGCAGAAGAAUCAAAAUCUUCAGUUAUACAUAUGUCAUCUCUCUUCCACGCAUUUGUUCUUUGUCAAUUAUGGACAAUCUACAUGGAACUAACAGCUCAACAAAUGGUAACAGCUGGUGAUCAUCAUUCAUUUACAAUGAAUAUAUUACAUGACUUUUGGAAUAAAGUUACACAGAGUAUGUUAAAUCUAUCAUCCAAAUCUAAAACGUUGGGGGAAAUGGUGAACUUACAUUUCUUGAGUUUACUAGAAGCAUUGCUUGACUGUCGAGCUGUUACAUUAUGUAAACUUAUACCUAUGUGGAAAGAAGUUUUAUUUACUGAUAAAAAUUUUAAGUUACCAGGACAUAUAAAAUUACGUUUAGAUGCAUGUAUUGAACUUGAACCAAGAGAACCUCCAUCAAUUAAGCCUAGAUCUGAUUUCUCCAAGUCCGAAGUUAAUUUAGAUAUUCUUAAAUGGCUUCAAACACUACAAUUUAAAACGGCACAAAUUGAACUUCAGUCAUCUCAAGUAAACCAAUUUUAUAGUGUUUGAAAUCAUAUGAUAAUUAUCAGUAAACUUUCUAUGUAUCUUUAUGUCUGUAUCAAUAAAUAUUUAUAUAAAAAUAA